CCGCGGCAUUCAUCACCAUUGGCUGUGGAACAGUUGGUUGGAUAUCCCAGCCAAACCAAAACGAAGAGAACCGUGUGUUUGAAGCUCCUGUCGUCUACCCUAUACAACCACGACCUCCAGCCAGAAUGAUGUCAUCCACAAGUGCAUGUGCACCUAUCACAGUGUCCGUCCCAGGCACCGCGCCGCUUGAAGUAAGACUGCCUAUGGGGGGUGCUCGAGUGACGAUUCCGAUGGCAAGAGCGGAAGCCAUGCGCCCCAGCAUGGAUGUGAACCCAGGAGCCAAUAUGCACCAACGUGUGUUUGCAUCCCAUUCGACUUCAAUAUUGGCCAUCGACGCCAUGCCACAAGAGCUGGCCCUUACACCAGCGACAAGUGCUCGACGGACGAUCGCGCACGUGCACACGAUAACGAGGCACAGCAGCAAGGUGGGUUCACACCACGCCAUCCCAGUGGCCAAACGCCAAGCCAAGCAAGAAUGGCGCCUCCUGCACAGCCAUCCACACCCUCGACAGCGCCCACCAUGGAUGUCGCCCCGCUACAAGUGGCCUGGACUAUGGCCACUGAAGCAAGGGUAACGCCGACAAUCUCUCGAGCCAGGCGCGAAGCCGCGCACAAGUUUCGAGCAGCUAUCGCGUUCUGCUUGGGCGUGGUCGACGAGACCAAGCACCGGUAUCUUUUGAUACCAGGCCUGACUUUGAGAGAGAAAUGUGAGAAUUGUGAUGCAAUACUAUGGAAAGAGGAGAAAAGUAACGACGUAUCACCAUGUUGUAAUAAAGGAAAAUACAAAAUCAAAAGUGUACAA